AUGGCGAAUGGAGAUGUUGGUAUGGAAGAGCUUAUGCCCUUCAAAAAACGUCGUUCUCUUCGUGUCGUCGUGGAGCUGCCCGUAAACGUUAAGGAAAAGAUAGUGGAGAUGGGGGGCACACAAGAGACGCUGAUAACCAAGAGGACGUUGACUACAACGGACGUGGAUAAAGGUCAGUCACAUUUAUCUAUACCCAUGAGUAGUCUUCUGACACAUAGUUUCAUGACGUCUGAUGAAAAGGAGAAGAUAGAAAAUCGAGUAAAAGGGGAUAAAGAAGGAGGUUUAACAGUGGAAGUUAUCGAUCCUAAGUUAAAAGUAUGGGAGCUGAAGUUGAGAAGUAAUAUGAAGAAGACUAGUUCGUUGUAUUUGUUGGCGUAUCAAUGGAACCAUGUGGUCAAACAUAAUGAUUUUAAACAAGGUGAUGAGCUGCAGCUUUGGUCUUUUAGGUCUCAGCAAAAGCUAUGCCUUGCGCUUGUCUUGCUUCAAGGAGAAGAAAGGUUAUGA